GGUGCGCUGCAUUUGCGGCUUUGGCAGCGAGCGCAACAGCGUGGUGGUGCUGUGCGCUGACGGCACUGCACAGAAAUACUCGUUCGACUCGUACCGCGGCAGCUGCAUCCGGGAAUGGUACCGCAAGUUUAUUUAAUCCCCCGUCUCUUUAGUCCCGAUGUUUACUAACGAGCUCUGCAUGCUGUGCAUUUUCCUCGCCCAUUAUUUGUGGUUCUGCUCCGGAUGAUGGUGUCAUAUGCCGAAACCGGGUCGCUGGUCCCAUGGCCCCAUGCCUGCCAAUCCUACCUGUCAUUGUCGUUUCUCGUUUUUUUUUUUUGUUGCAUUGAUGGCGGCGUCAUAUUAUAUUGAGGUGCUUGACAACCUGGGCCUGGUUGACAUAUAUGUCAAACUCGACCAGCAUGUCCACCAGAGCGAUAUUCUUUUGGUCGACGACAGCACAUUGCGGUUGAACAUAGCAACCACGCUUGUACUGCCAGCAUCUGUCAACGCUGCACGUGCCACCACCAGCACUCUGCCCGCCAAGAAUGGUAGCAGCUGGCUGCGCAUGCGCGCGCCCAUCAGCCGCUCCACAAACCACCUCCAGCACCUGAAAAGCGCCGUUCCUUUGAGCCAAAUCGACGGCCCGAUUUCUGCAGACUCCGUGCGCGGAUUCACGGCCAUCUGCUGCCGCAGCUGCCGCAGCCAGCUUACCCACAGCGCCAGGGAUGUGGUUGUGCGCGAUCUGCCGUCGACGUACUGGAGCGAGCUGGUUGAAUGCUGGGUGUGCCAUCCGGAAGAAGACAAGCUGAGGAUCAAUCCCGAUUUGCUGCACUUGUUCGAGCCGGACACCGGCAAGGUGGCCUGCCAGGAGGCUGAAAGCAAGGGGGGCUGAUGUGUGGGUGGGUAAUACCCAUUUGCUGGCGCCCGGGUCGCUGUUUAGGGAAUUGCCGACGCGAAAUGUCGAGCUCGACAAGAAGGGUGAGGGUCAGAUCCUGC